GCCGCAUGCCCAGACCAGACCAGAUCAUCACAUCUCCACCACCGAGCACCACCAUCGUCCUCCCACUCCGGGAACUCUCAGAUCGGAUCGGGUUCACCGGAGAUCGACGAUGCAUCGCGCCGCCGGCCUCGACCUGGGCCUCGGCCUCGGCCUCGGGCUCGCCUCGCAGGGCAGCCUCACGUCCUCCACCACCACCGCCUCCUCCUCCCCGGCCUCGCACUGGACAGCCGCGCUCAGCUCCGUCGUCGGCGCGCAGGAGUCGUACGGGCUGCACCAGUAUGCCGGGCAGCCGCGGAAGGAGGAGCCGGGCAUGAGGACGUCCACGUCGCCCGAGAGCGGCGUCAGCGCCGGGACCAAGAGGGGCCUGGAGCGCACGGGCUCCGGCGUCUCCCGCGGCGGCGCCGCCACCGCGGGCAGCGACGAGGACGACGACGGCGGCGACGGCGCCGGCGGCCGCAAGAAGCUCCGGCUCUCCAAGGACCAGGCCGCCGUCCUGGAGGAGUGCUUCAAGACGCACAGCACGCUCAACCCCAAGCAGAAGACUGCGCUGGCUAACCGGCUGGGGCUGCGGCCGCGGCAGGUGGAGGUGUGGUUCCAGAACCGCCGCGCCCGCACCAAGCUGAAGCAGACGGAGGUGGACUGCGAGUACAUGAAGCGCUGGUGCGAGCAGCUCGCCGAGCAGAACAAGCGCCUCGAGAAGGAGGUGGCCGAGCUCAGGGCGCUCAAGGCCGCGCCCGCCCAGCAGGCCUCCCCGGCCGCCACGCUCACCAUGUGCCCCUCCUGCCGCCGCGUCGCCGCCGCCGGACCGUCCGCCACGCAGCACCAGCACCAGCAACUGCAGCAGUGCCACCCCAAGCCCCAUGCCCAGCCCGCCGGCAACGUCCUGCCCAGCCACUGCCAGUUCUUCCCGUCCACCACCGCCGCCGCCCCCGACCGGUCCGGCAGGCUGCAGGGCGCGUGGAACGGCGCCGCGCAGCCGCUGGUCACCAGAGAGCUCUUCUGAGAGGACGAUAUCUCGCCGCCGGCGUCCACUUCAGGCGAUAAAUUAGGAGAUUUGAUCAGGCGGCGGUCGAUUGGGUCAAUCAAGUAAUCAAUUGGCAAAUCAGUCAGUCGAUCGCCGCAAGGAGAUUUGAUUUGGUUUGGUUUGGAUAGCAGUAAUUAGGAGCGCCAGUGAUCGAUCGAUGGUUUGGUUUCGGUUUCAGUUAGUAGUAAUUCGGUUUGGGUUUUCUUUUUCUCUUUGGGAUUCGAUCGAAUCGAAUCGACGACGAACAAAAUAGAAACAGAUUAGUACGUACGGAGGAACAAAUGGCUGUCCGCUUUUUCCUGGACGGCGUGUACCCAUCCACCAAAACCCUGCCGGUUGUUGGAUUAACAGCUUGUUGAUUGAUUUGUACUACUGCUGCCACCACUAAUUCAUGAUUGGUUGAUGGAGGAAAUUAAUGAAAUAUUUUCUUUCAUUCA